AUGCCUUUACUGGCUGUCGCAGCCUUGAUCUCAUGGACCGUACCUUUCGCUGCUGUCAUCUCGCCCGGUUCUUUGCCGGUUGCGCUCAACGAAACUCAACAUACUAUACCUUACCAAAUUCCCCAACUACCUACACUCUUCGAUAAUUACGGGUCAUUCACGGAUACUGUGGCGGAUGGAUCUAACCCAGAGGGACCUCUUACAUCGAUAGGUGGAGUUGUUACAUCGAUAAAUGGUCGAGUUGCUACGACCGAGCUGUGGCAAGUUGCCCUAGGUACUGCAGUCUCAGGUCAAAUUGCGGCUCUAGCAAUGCGCUAUCGCAAUAUGACGUACCAGUAUCAGUUCUAUGGACCAGUCCUCAAGUGCGUAACGGUCAAAAACGUCACUAAGCUCAAGAACACGUUGAACAAUACCUUUCAAGGCAAUCUUACUAGCGCAAACUACACCUCAUGGGUUGCCGGCAGCGGAUUAGUCUCUGAAAAUCCGCAGAUACGGCCCGAAACGCUCGAUCAAUUCUCGGACGAGUCAACAGGCGCUGGCAUUUACAUUGCACGUGGUGGUGGGAGUGGCUACGACGGCGCACCGGCACUUUCCUCGAACACGAAUGCCACCGAAUGCAGGUUGCACAACGGCUCAUACAAUGUGGCUUUCCAGUUUCGUUACCCAGAACAAAAUCUCACGGUGUUGAACCUGGACUACGGGGCCCCGAUAGGCCUCAGUCAGGAGACUCUUUACAAGAACCUUCCUCGAGAAGCUUAUGCAGGUAUCAUGGAGGCCUUUUGUAGACUUCUUGUUGGUUAUAUUUCUGGCCCUCCUGAUCCCUCGACGACGCCCUGGACACAGCAAACCUUUUUCACGAGCGCCAAUAUCCUGCACAUAGACUGGAGUGAGGCCGAGAAGACACGGACUGGGUUGGAACAACUUUUUCAAAACAUCACGCUCAGUCUAUUGAGCAGAAGUAGCUUCAUCAAGAACUCAACCGAGGCCGACUUCAUCCCUAUCACCGCCUUCAGCUUCGUCAACGUCUAUCGCUACGAUCACAUUGGCCUGUUCCUCGCGUACGGCCUCGCUCUACUUGGCACCUUGCUCUGCGCAAUCGUGGGCUUGCACGCAGCCUGGGCAAACAAGGGAAGCUAUCGAAACACCUUCUCGACUUUUGUGCGCAGCACCGACAACGACGAGUUACGAUCGUUGCUUGAUUCGGAAGACGACGGACGUGAUCCGCUGCCCAAGCAGCUGGGGCCUGUUGAGCUCGUCAUGCACAGGAGCAGAUAG